AUCAAUUAAGAGAAGAUGGUUGACAUUUUUAUCAUCUUUUCACUAGCCGCAAAAGAAAAAGCAAACAUGUCUUUGAUGAAACUCAGCACACGAAACUCCAUUUCCUCAUCUCUUCGAAUAUUCCAAACUUCACGCUUCCUCUCUUAUGUUGCCGAUGAUGAAAGGGUUUACGCUUCCAGCUCCAUCAUUCACCCUACUGCCACUGUUCAUCCCAAUGCCAUCCUCGGUCAGGGAGUUUCCAUUGGACCUUUUUGUUCUAUCAGUUCCUCGGCAAAGCUCGGGAAUGGUUGUCGGCUAUAUCCAGGAAGCCAUGUUUUUGGAAAUACUGAGUUAGGGGACAGUUGUACGCUGAUGACUGGCGCUGUUGUUGGCGAUGAUUGUCCUGGAUGUACUGUCAUUGGAAGCAAUAACACAAUAGGAUAUCAUGCUGUGAUUGGUGUCAAAUGUCAAGACUUGAAAUACAAGCCAGAAGAUGAGUGUUACCUAGAAGUUGGACAUAACAAUGAUAUUAGGGAACAUACUUCAAUCCACCGAUCUUCAAAAUCAACUGAUAGAACGGUAAUUGGUGAUGGAAAUUUAAUUAUGGGAGCUUGUCAUAUUGCCCAUGAUUGCAAGAUUGGCAGCAAUAAUAUUUUUGCUAACAACACUCUUCUAGCCGGGCAUGUUGAGGUGGAAGACUAUGUUCACACUGCUGGUGCGACGGUAAUUCACCAGUUCUGUCAUCUUGGCUCGUUCUCUUUUCUUGGUGGUGGUUCCGUGGUUUCACAAGAUGUUCCAAAGUACAUGAUGGUAGUGGGAGAUAGAGCUGAGCUUCGAGGCCUAAAUUUAGUGGGCCUUGCUCGACGCGGAUUCAACAUUGAAGAGAUCAGGAGCCUUAAAACAGCUUAUGGAAAGAUAUUCAUGUGUGCUGAUACAUCUGCAAGUUCUUUAGAAGAAAGGCUUGCACAAGUGGAGCAGCAUGAAGGGUUGAUUCACAUUCCUGCCGUGCGUGCUAUGUUGCAAUCUAUUCGCGACUGUUUUGCAGGAGAUCGUCGUGGAAUAUGCAAGUAUAGGUCAUGGAAUGGCUCUUGAAGCAUGCCGCUAAGGGCAAGGUGUUAUGUAUACAUUUUGUUUUCAAGAUAUGUCAUGCAGUUUUCAGCUUAAGUGAGAGUUUGUUGUACUAAUUCAGUCUUGUAGGAAGAGUGUAUUCAUUAAGAAUCACUUAUUUUUGUAUAGGUACAAUAGUACUGACUUGUAAUAGUUGGAAACAUAACUUCUUUUUUCAAAAAUAAUAUUUAAUUCUUUUAGAUUAAA